GAGCUCGCAGGCAGCAUGGCGGGGCUGUGGGCCAGGCGGGGCUCGGGGCUCGGGCUGGUGGCGCUGUCCACGCUCGGCCUCUGCCUAAUGCUGCAGGUGGGCGCCAAGAGACCCCCCAAGACGCCCCCCUGCCCCCCCAGCUGCUCCUGCACCAGGGACACCGCCUUCUGCGUGGACUCUAAGGCGGUGCCCAGGAACUUGCCCUCCGAGGUCAUCUCUCUGACGCUGGUGAAUGCUGCCUUCUCAGAGAUCCACGAUGGAGCGUUUUCCCACCUGCCACUGCUGCAGUUCCUGUUACUCAAUUCCAACAAGUUUACACUGAUUGGAGACAAUGCCUUCACAGGACUGUCGCACUUGCAGUACCUCUUCAUUGAGAACAAUGACAUCUGGGCACUAUCCAAGUUUACCUUCAGAGGACUCAAGUCUUUGACACACCUCUCACUGGCCAACAAUAACCUGCAGACACUGCCUAGAGACAUCUUUCGGCCCCUGGACAUCCUGAGUGACUUGGACCUGCGGGGCAACUCUCUCAACUGUGACUGCAAGGUGAAGUGGCUGGUGGAGUGGCUGGCACACACCAACACCACGGUGGCACCCAUCUACUGCGCCAGCCCACCCCGCUUCCAAGAGCACAAGGUGCAGGAUCUGCCGCUGCGGGAGUUUGACUGCAUCACCACAGAUUUCGUGCUGUACCAGACCCUGUCCUUCCCAGCGGUGUCAGCCGAGCCCUUCCUUUACUCCAGCGACCUCUAUUUGGCUCUUGCCCAGCCAGGAGCCAGCACGUGCACCAUCCUCAAGUGGGACUAUGUUGAAAGGCAGCUUCGAGACUAUGAUAGAAUCCCAGCCCCUUCUGCAGUGCACUGCAAGCCGAUGGUGGUGGACAGCCAGCUGUACGUGGUGGUGGCCCAGUUGUUUGGUGGCUCUUACAUUUACCACUGGGACCCCAACACCACACGCUUCACCAAGCUGCAGGACAUCGACCCUCAGCGCGUGCGCAAGCCCAACGACCUCGAGGCCUUCCGCAUCGACGGCGACUGGUACUUUGCUGUGGCCGACAGCUCCAAGGCAGGCGCCACCAGCCUUUACCGCUGGCACCAGAACGGCUUCUACUCCCACCAGGCCCUGCACCCCUGGCAUCGAGACACUGACCUGGAAUUCGUGGACGGCGAGGGCAAGCCGCGCCUGAUUGUGUCCAGCAGCUCCCAGGCCCCCGUCCUCUACCAGUGGAGUCGCACCCAGAAGCAGUUUGUGGCCCAGGGCGAGGUGACCCAGGUGCCUGACGCCCAGGCUGUGAAACACUUCCGCGCGGGUCGCGACAGCUACCUGUGCCUCAGCCGCUACAUCGGUGACUCCAAGAUCCUGCGCUGGGAGGGCACCCGCUUCUCCGAGGUGCAGGCCCUGCCCUCCCGGGGCUCACUGGCCCUGCAGCCCUUCCUGGUGGGUGGCCGCCGCUACCUGGCGCUGGGCAGCGACUUCUCCUUCACUCAGAUCUACCAGUGGGAUGAGGGGCGGCAGAAGUUCGUGCGGUUCCAGGAGCUGGCGGUGCAGGCCCCUCGGGCCUUCUGCUACGUGCCUGCUGGGGAUGCCCAGCUGCUCCUGGCCCCCAGCUUCAAGGGACAGACGCUUGUGUACCGACACGUGGUGGUGGAUCUCAGUGCCUAG